AUGUGCAGACAUCACAUGUGCCGCUGGCCUGUGUGCUCCAAGAAGCCGUCCUGCGAGGGCGUCGUCUGCAGGAGGAACGAGGUGUGCGAGCUGAUCCUGAAUCGGCCGAUCUGCACGAAACCGAAGACGUGCGCCAAGACUGUCUGCACGCCAGACCGUCAGUGCCAGCUCACGAGGGACGGCCCGCGCUGCGUGAGGAAACCGGCCGCCGUUAAGCCCGCCGGGAAGGCCGCCAGAUGCACGCCCACCACCUGUGCCUACAACGAGGACUGCCGGCCCAUUUUCGGCGAGCCGACGUGCCGGCCCAAGACCAGCUGCCGGCGGGUGACGUGCGAGGAGGGCAGCACGUGCGUCAAACGCCGGGGAAAGGUCCUGUGUGUGCCGUCCAUCGACGUCAUGUGCGACGACAUUAGGUGCGCGCCGGACGAGGACUGUCGCGUCAUGGGCAAGGGCGCCUACUGCGACAAGCCCCGCACAUGCGCCGACAUCACCUGCCCGCGCCGCACCACGUGCAGCAUGAUGCCCGGCGAGGAGGCCAUGUGCAAGCGGCCGAGCUGCGCCGACGUGGAAUGCGCCGAAGGCGAGCGGUGCGAGCUGAGGAGCAGCGGGCCCAUGUGCCGGAAGCUGCCGCCGCCGCCGCCUAGCGUCUGCGACGACUACGAAUGCGAGGAGGGCAAGCAGUGCGCGGUGGUGAAGGGCAAGCCGCGCUGCGUGCGCCGCUGGUCAUGCGCCGACUUGCGCUGCCGCUACGACCAGGAGUGCAAGGUUAUCAACAGCCGGCCGCGCUGCAUCAUCCGACGCUCGUGCGAGGGCGUCACCUGCGAAAGAGGCAAGGUGUGCCUCGUCAUUGGCCGGCUGGCGCGCUGCGUGGACACGCCGCAGUGUGAGGACCUCAACUGCGGCUCCAACGAGCGCUGUAUCAAGGUGGAAGACGUGCCCACCUGCUUGGUGGUGCCCAUCUGCUACGACAAGCGCUGUCCGGGUAAUCAGGAGUGUCGCAUCGUGAACAAAGAGCACUUGUGCGUAGACAAGCCGACGUGUGAGGAACUGCGCUGUGCUCAGGGCCGCGUCUGUCGCGACUUCUUCGGCUCGGCCAAGUGCAUCACGGCCACCACGUGCGCCGACACCAAGUGCCGCUACGACCAGAAGUGUGAGGUGCGUGACCACCUGGCCAAGUGCGUAUCGCUGUCGGGCGCGCCGUGCCGCAACGGUGACUGCGCGAAGGGGCUCGAGUGCAAGAGGGUGUCCGGUGAGCGUAUAUGCGUGAAGACGGCCUCGUGCGAGGGCGUCAGCUGCCUGGACGGCCAGACGUGUGCCGUGGUCUCUGGCACGCCGACGUGUCAGGCGUCGUGCGAGGCGAUCGACUGUGCAGACGACACCUUCUGCCGCGUAGUGGUGGACCGCGCCGUCUGCGUCGAGUGUCUGCUCAACUGCCCGGCCGGCCAGAUCUGCCGCCUGGUCAACCCCCGGAUCAUCGCGAAAGAGUACGUCAGCGUUUCGACCAAAAUCCCGACAUGCAUGCCCGUCUAG